AUGGGCCAAAGAGAUUUUCACAAAGGAUUUGCACAGACAAUUUUAGGGUGUCAUUCGUGCUUCUUUCCAACGAUAGAGAAGGAAGAAGGACGAUCGCGAAAAAAUGGAACGCAUUUUCCUAGUAAGGUACCUGUUCCUCCGCAUAGAAAAGGCACCAUGGGGAGGACAAUUUUGAAACGCCAUGGUGAGACGACAUUGGAGUAUACGUACCUUCCCAAACCGAGGAAAAGUGCAAAUACAGAGUUUUUCUCAGGAGGGUUGGCGACGAUGCCAACAGAUUGGACAUUGUGUUUACGCCAGGCCAGCGAUGAAGAAGGGGCUUGUAGGAGACUUUUGAUAGCUAACGAAGCCAUCGAGAGGCAGCGUCUAGUUCGAGGUUUGGAAUGUUGUUUACCUGAGGUGAAUGCUUCAUUCACAAGAAAUGAGGAACGUGGUAUUCGGCUGCUUGAAGCGAAGGAUUAUGGGGGUGCCUAUGUGUCCUUUACCCGGGCUCUGCAGCAGAAGCCUCAUUCUAAGAUGGCAUGUUACAAACGUGCCGUGUGUAGUUGGCACCUGCUUUUCUACGAUGAGUGUACCAAGGAUUCUCGCAGAGGAAUUGAAAUGGACUUGGAUCUUGUCUCGCUUCAUUGCCGUUCACUUUUGCUGCGUGAACGCUACCAAGAAGCACGUCAGGGGUACGAAUAUGCGCUUGGGGUGCUGGCGCCUUUAAUGAACGAUCCUCGCAAUAUAAAGUGGCGGGCCGAGUGUGAAGCGAUACCAACCCUAAAGAAAUUCCGUAACUCUUUCAAGGAGGGGAAGUGGGAGGAGGUUUUGCGUCUGAGGGAUGCAGCCAAGCCUCUUAUUGAUGGCACGCCUCUAAUUCUUUUGGAAGCGAGAGCUUUAUUGCACGUGAGUCCAAAUAUGGCACGCCUUCGUUUGCUGUCAUAUGUACCAACCAUUCCCCGGCCUGUUUCCGCCAAUACAGAAAUGUCCUUGGAGGAGAAGUUGGCUUGGCGUCUUGUGGAAGAGCACUAUCUGCAAGCCGCCGUUUUGUUAGCCCAAUCGAAUGUGUACUGUGGCAGCUCUUUUUUAGAAAUUGCUGCAGCCCUGGUUCAGACAUGUUUGGUGAUCAGUCCAAGUUUUGGCCCUGCACUUGUGCUUGGGCACUAUCUUGUCUCCCUGGAGGAGAUCUUGUCGCGGGUGAGAUCUCUCUUUGCAAAAGAGCGCUACGCCGAGGCCAUUCCUCUCAUUCAUGAUGGAUUGCUUCUGGAUAAAUCCAAUCAGCGGAUGUGUAGUACAUUAUACUGCAUGCGAGCCGAGGCAUACGCAAGCCUUGGUAAGAAUUCCAACGUCAUCAACGACUGUACCGCCGCAAUUGGGAUGGAUUCUGGCUGCGUCAAAGCGUUUGUUCUCCGCGCUGAGGCUUACCGUCGAAUGAACCAACGCGCUGAGGCAGCGGCCGAUCGUCUUAAGGCUGUUAAUUUGGAUCCUUCUUUUCGUCAUAUACUGCACGGGGACGAGGAACAGUUUUUGCGGAAAACCGAGCAUCCAAGAUCGUCUCAUGGCAACCCGGGGUCACAAAAACGCCGGUCAAAGUGGUACGAUGCCUUUGCAACCAAAAGUGAGAUCCCGCCUAAGUCCGGGGCCACGACAAAAGACGCCUCUUCGGACGCCGAGCGUGCAUCCAAAUUGGGGGCGAAAACGACGCUUUACGACGUUCUUGAGUUGCCUCACGGGUCCAGCAUCAGUGAAGUCCGCGCACAGUUUAAAAAGUUAACCCUGUUGUACCAUCCUGACCGCUUAGUGAAGGAGGAUGAGAAAAAGCAACAGGCGGGGCUGGAGCGAUUUAAACUCAUAAACCACGCGCAUAGUGUGCUGACGGAUACCAACGAGAAAUGUAUGUACGAUUUUUCACUUGGCCUGAAUGUCUCUCCUAGAGUUUAG